AUGGCCGCCGCAGAUCAGCCGCAGAUGGGAGAAGACCAGAAGAAGAUAGCAGCUCACCCUCAAGUCCGAGUUGUUGGAGAUGACAUUCUUAGUCGCUCGUCUCUGACCUUAAAGGAAGACACCUCAUUCAACGAUCUUGUCAGAUCCAUCUACCCUAAGCAUGCCAUCCUCACCGAUGACAUGAAAGAUGACCUUAUGAGCGCUAUCUUCCUUGACUGGACCUCAAAAAGCAAGGGCAUCAUUGUCUCUGCCACAAAGAUUAGCAGCCCAAAGAUCGAAGUGGUUGGGUGUCCAGCUAGAGUCUGGACUGACCACUCAGACUCUCCUUCGCUGUCGCCUCCCCCUCGGUCCUCGUCAUCAGCAUCGCCGCCGCCAACGAAGGCAGGUUCAAAGAGAAAGCGCGAGCCUGGCAUCUCAGAGCCCCGAAAAUCACCAAGACGAGAGCAGGCUGCACAGCGUAGCGAGACUGCAUACUACGUGGUAACCGUAAACGACAACACAGGAGCGCUUCGAUUCCAGUGGAAAAACUCCGCAGGAGGGUAUGGCAAGGCCUCCAGCGUCAAACUUAAUGGCUAUGCCAUCGAAGAAGCGGAAUUCGAGGCCAUCGAAAACCGCGACGCCUACUGGGAGCGUGACGCGUUCGUCCACAACCGCGAACGUGCGAUUGCGCUGGGUCGCAAGCGCGUGAGAGAGUUCGCGAAGGCUGGGUCCCAGGGCAAAGACUCUAUGAUAAAAAACGACCUCUUACCUAACGGCUUCGUCUACCCCAAGCUCGCCCGAGAUGAGCAGGACAAAUACCUCGACAGGAUUCUUCAGCAGAGGAAGUGGAGGGAGGAGGCUCGAUCUUCAACUCGAUGA